AUGUCAGAAGCAAGAAUUAAUGAAUUGGCUUUAGAAUUAAAAGCCAACUUAAAACAAUUUCCAAACUUCCCAAAAGAAGGAAUUCUUUUUGAAGAUUUCCUUCCAAUUUUCACCAAACCAGAUCUUUUCAAGAAAUUAGUUGAAGCAUUUAAAUUACAUGUUGGUGAUAAGAAAGUUGACUAUGUUAUCGGUUUAGAAUCCCGUGGAUUUUUAUUCGGACCAACUUUAGCCCUUGCCUUAAAUGCCGGUUUCGUUCCAGUUAGAAAGCCAGGUAAAUUACCAGGUCCAACUCAUACUGUUGAAUUCCAAAAAGAAUAUGGAUCUGAUUCAUUUGAAAUUCAAAAGGAUACUAUUCCUGUUGGAUCCAAGGUUUUAAUUGUUGACGAUAUCUUGGCAACUGGUGGUAGUGCUUUUGGUGCUGGUGAAUUAGCAAAGAUGACUGGAGCUGAAAUUGUUGAAUACUUGUUUGUUAUGGAAUUAGAUUUCUUGAAAGGAAGAGACAGAUUAGAUGCUCCUGUUUUCACUUUAUUCGGGGGUCAACUUGAAAAGCUUCAAUAA